CGGCAUUAAUUUCUCUCAGGAUCUUUUGCUCUCUCGAAGACGGAAAACCCCAUAGAAAGAGAGAGAGAGAAGAGCGUUUGACAAGAUUCCCUUGAAAUGAGAAAUAAUCGCUAUUAAAGCUCUGGCUCUCGCUCUGUCCACGCGCUCUCAGUGAAUCCUGACACUCCUCUUCUAAAAUUCAUUUUCACAUUUUAAUCCAAACCUACAAUCUCCUCUCCUUUUCCACCCUCAAAUCUCUCCUCCAUAUUUUCAAAUUGGUGAAGGUGUUUGGCUAUGGCGAUUGGAGCCGCGCUUAUUAUUUUGCCGCUAGGCGUUCUCUUUUUUUGCUCAGGUUUAAUUGUUAAUAUUAUUCAGGCAAUUUGCUUUGUUUUUAUUCGGCCUUUAUCAAAGAGCACGUACAGAAAAAUCAAUAGACAAUUAGCGGAAUUGUUAUGGCUCGAACUUGUUUGGAUCUUCGAUUGGUGGGCUGGAGUCCAGAUCAAAGUGUUCACAGAUAAGGAAACCGUCCGUUUAAUGGGUAAAGAACAUGCUCUUGUUAUAUGCAACCACAGAAGUGAUAUUGAUUGGCUUGUUGGAUGGGUUUUGGCUCAGCGAUCAGGAUGUCUGGGAAGCGCAGUAGCUGUCAUGAAGAAAUCAUCAAAAUUUCUUCCGGUGAUAGGUUGGUCAAUGUGGUUUUCUGAAUACCUCUUUCUGGAAAGAAGUUGGGCCAAGGAUGAAAACACAUUAAAGUCUGGUCUCCAGCGGCUAAAGGACUUUCCUCGUCCAUUUUGGCUGGCUCUUUUUGUGGAAGGAACUCGCUUCACUCUGCCAAAGCUUUUAGCAGCUCAGGAAUAUGCAGCUUCUCAAGGGCUGCCAAUCCCUAGAAAUGUUUUGAUUCCUCGUACAAAGGGAUUUGUUUCAGCAGUAAGUAACAUGUGCUCAUUUGUACCAGCCAUUUAUGAUGUAACGUUGGCUAUCCCAAAAAGUUCUCCUCCACCUACGAUGCUCAACCUCUUCAAGGGGAAAUCUUCUGUGGUACACGUACACAUAAAGCGGCAUUUGAUGAAGGAAUUGCCUGAAACAGAAGACGGUGUUGCACAAUGGUGUAAAGAUAUUUUUGUGGCUAAGGAUGCAUUACUGGACAAGCAUAUGACUGAGGACACCUUCAGUGAUCAAGAAUUGCAGGAUCUUGGUCGACCAAAGAAGUCUCUUGUGGUUGUUACCUCCUGGGCAUGCCUUCUUAUUUCCGGGGCCCUGAAAUUCCUUCAACGGUCUUCACUCUUGUCCUCAAGGAAGGGUAUAGCAUUCGCAGUGUCUAGUUUGGCAGUCGUCACUCUCCUAAUGUACAUCUUGAUUCGAUUUUCUCAGUCAGAGCGUUCAACAACUGCCAAAGUUGCCGCAGCAAAGCCCAAGUGCGAAGGAAAACCUUCUGAGACAGGAGAUGACAAGUAGCACCGAGUCCAGUGUUUAUCAAUUCUCACGUGCACUGACAAGUCAUUUGCAAUCAGUUUUGUGAUAAUACGUGUAGUAUGUGUGUCCCCCCAGCGUUUCACCUUGUGAGUUUUCACCCUAAACUAGUCAUAGUUUCAUAUCAGCAAAGUUUGUAUUCAUACCAAUUCAUUAUUUGCCAGUCAAAUAGGUUAUUUUCUCUAGAAUGUAUCCAAAAUGGUCAUGACCUGUAUGCAUCACUGCUUAAAUUAGGAUAGUCUUUUUACCCAUUUACAGGUUUUCCCUUGCCCGCAUUCUGGCGCACCUUUCAGAUGGUCCGAACUCGAACUCAAACACGCUCUUUAGUGACAUCUGGCUUCUUAAACUCAUGCAUUCAAUCUGUGACCUUCAAUGAUUGAAGGAUUUGAUUCUAAAUUUCAAAAAAUUUCUUACCUCUUUGGGCAUGGAAUGCAGAUAACCCUGUUCGGUGCUGUAAAAUAAUCGUUCAAAUAUUAUGUAACCUCCAAUCUUCUUGCCUGAUCCAAUUACUCUUUAUAUAAUGCCAUAUCAUGCCUUGUUCACUA